AUGUUUCUCCACGGCUUCGCCUGCGACCAGGCGCAUUCCUCUCUAGCUGCCGCUGCUACAACUGCUUCGGCUCCAUUCCCUUCUCCGUCUUCUGCAGCUGCACAUCCAUUCACCCGCGGCCUGCCUACCGGCCUCUUCGCCUCGCCGCCAGCCAGCCCAACACAUGCCUCCUCGCUCCACGACGCUGCUGGUGACAUCUUCACCACCUGCCGCAGCCUGCAAACCGCCCUCCAGUCGACAGCACCAGCGUCAGCACCGAUAUCGACGCCAUCCGCUGUGCCUUCUUUUCCGCUGACGCCACCUCAGCAGCAACACCGGCACCACGAACAGCUCACGCCUCCCUUCACACAUGCACCGCCGCCUUUCAAGCUGCGUCUGCGGCCGCGCAAGGCUGCAGCCACGGUCAGUGCUGAUUCAACGAGUACAGACGACUCCGCUGCCGCCGACACCACCACCAUCGAUGCAUACUCUACUGCUGCGCGCAAACGAAUCAUCAAGCGGAUGCCGCUGACGCGCAACCCCAACAAGAGGCUGCGGUCCGUAGACCAAGACCAUGACGGCUUCGAGAUCAGGGACGACGACAUCUUCCCGCAGCCGUCUCUCGCAUCGUACCCCUUCGGCAGCCCCUCUCCGUCGCUUGCACAGGCUCCAGCUCUGCUGCCGGCACCAUCUCUACAACUCUUUCGCCGAUCAUCCCACGAGGACAUCUUUGCGGUUGCUGCUCCCGUCCCUACUGUCACCGACCCGACAACGCCUCCCCGGCCACAGACACCGCGACGCUCGCGCAUUGCCCCCGAAGCGCUUCCGCUGGGACUGGCCCGAAGCGACUUCCACACUCUGCACGCGGACGGCGUCCCGGACGAUAGCAGCCGAAGCGCGGCGCCGGUCGAGGUCGAGGUCGACGGCGAGAGCUGGAGCUCCGAAGACGACCGCAUGCUAGUAGAGCUGGUGUUGGAUAAAUUGCAGCUCAGCAAGACGGACUGGCAAGACUGCGCGCGCAGUCUGGGCAAGAAGGACCGCCAAAGCGUCGGUCGCCGGUGGAAGAGCCUCAUGCUUGGCGGCGACAUCGGCCUGCGACCGGGCGCCCGAAGCAAUCGACGGGGUCGGAUUCACGCGACGUGGCGCUAA